AUGUUUGGGGAUCCCCAACAGAAUGUUGAGUCUUGCACGGAUGGAGCGAUUUCCUGGAAAAAGGUGAGUUCUCCAUACAAUUCUCGAAAUGGCUAGUAUCUUUUUAAAAUGGAUGUGUCGGGGCGCUGUACAAAAUAAAUCCGUGUUGUAACCAGCAUUUAAAAAUUUUUUUUGAUUUUCGUACCCCACAUCGCGAUGCAAGCUUCGUCCAACUGCGUUGACGCGGUUUCGCUUGAAAAUUUGCCCACUCCAAACGCUUUUUCGAGGCUUGCACGGGCACGUCAAACUGACAGGGGAAGUAUCCUUUUGCGGCGCUCACGGUCAGGUGAAUUGAUUGGAAAAACGCCAAAAGAAGACGCGAAAAAACUUUUUGUCGGGGAAGAAAUGGGGAGCUUUUAGGACGAGAGAGUACGUUUUUGCGCGUCUUUUCUCUGUCUUCUCUGUGAAUUCAAGACGGAAUGUAAGAAACUAUUCCGGUCACCGGACUCCUUUGUUUGACGGGCGGUGCGCAAAGGGAAACAUCCGCUGUGUGUUGGCGACAAGCGGCGGAAAAAGUUCAAAAUACAUUGUGCAAAAAGCAAAAAAGUGUCCAUGUACUUUAUGAAAAUAGAAAUUAUCAGUCUGACGGUAAAAUAAUGAGCACAAUGACCCUGCGCCGAUUCCGUCGCUGAAGUGAAAAGCAAUUUGAUUUUGCCACGAUACAAUUCAUUUUUGAUGCGAAUUUCACGGCGACAGAAUGCUCAUUAUUUUCCCGACAGACUGGUACUUCCAUUCCAACAAUAAGAACACUUCAAAAGUCUGUUUUGUUCUGAAGUUUCCUCCGAAGGUCCUAUACGAACCUGUGUUUCAGCAAAUCCGUCUAAAUUACUGCCGCAAUCAGCGGCAGCAAUCCGAAGAAUCGAGCGCAAGCUGCAGCUCGAGCGUUACGCAAGCGCCUGAUUGCGAGCUGCAGAAUGGAAACAGCCGGCCGAAGAAGCGUCGCUCAAAGAACAAAGCGUACGAAUUGGACAGAAAAUUUCCGAAUUUUGCCGACUUUUUCCGGUGGUUCAGCCCGGAGAGGAGUCUAUGGGCGGCCGGGACAAUCCAUGAAACAAAGUGCGGAACUCGUCGGGAAUUUUACAAGUAAGCCGGUUCUCAAAAAGUCAUUUUUACCGCGCUAACUUGGCAACAGGGACCCCAUGUCCAACGACCUGAUUUUUUUUUAAAAAUUUGCGUAUACUUCGGGCAUGAGACGCAUAUCAAAUCCAUAAAGCUUGGCUCGCGCUUUCCAGGCCUAGCCGAAAUGUUCAACGAUCUUUGCGGCCCAGAGAGUACCGGAAACGCGGAGAGCAGUAAGAGAAAAAAAAUUUCGCCAAGACUUUAAUAAGUCCGCGCUGGAUUUUUUUGUGGCAACUUUACACUACCCAAAGUCCGCUUUUUUGAACCGCUGGGAACAAUAUCAGAAUGUCGGGAAAAUAAUGGCGGGUCGUCGCAGCGAAAUAGAGGACGUUAUUUCUUAGGUAUCUUUGAUUUCGGCCAUAGCUUUCGUGGUUUUCAUUCUUUUCGGUCGUAGUAAAGUAUAAAUAUAAAAAACUCCGUUUUGGCAUAAAUUGUGAAAUACGAAGUUUUCUGUACUCUUCUCUCAAAUUUUAGUUGCCGUCAAAAAAGCUGCCAGAUGAGCCUCCGAGUUGAUUAUGACUCCCAAACGGAAGAGGUGUUUCUCUUCAAGUCAACAACAACCCAUCAACACGAACUUUACACAAAACAAACUCGACUGGACUUCGAAUUGGUCAAUUUUCUCGAAGCCGCCGUGAGUAGCAAUGAGAAGGCAACGCCAGUCUUCUUGCUCAGGAUGUUAGAGGUGAGGGUUGUCAUAUUUCCUCUAAAAACGCCUAUUUUCAGAAAGAAAAUGCGAAAUCGAAUUUCCGGUUCAAGAUGCCCGUGUUGGAGCAAAUUCGCAACUGGCUGAAGCGAAGGAGGAGAGCCGAAAGAUAUCUCAAUGAAUAG